UCACCAUCACCAUCAUCAUCACCACCACCACUGUCAUCAUCAUCAUCACCCUUGUCAUCAUCAUCAUCGUCACGAUUGUCGCUGCCAUCCUCGGCCAAGUGUUAAGCGAUGACGCUCACUGGCAGGGAUUGUGAUGUAGUCUUGCCUGCUGAAGCAAGCCAGGUAAGCCCUUCUGACACCUGCACUGGCACCCUGGGCCCUCCAGGCCCUCCAGGCCCUGGCGACUGCCCCUUCACAAGAGCCCUCUGAGCUCACCCACUGGGGAGGCAACCUUGGAGCCUCAGAGCCCCCGACUGUGUCCUGGGCUGAUGCCCCAAUUGCAGGGCCCUCUCACCGUCAGUGGGAUUGGCAAAUUCCUUGGGCACGGCUGCCCCAUCGUCCAGUUCAACGGCCUCUAGGCCCGUGCGGACGCCUUCAAUCUGGACCUCAUGCUCUCCUGAAGCCGUGUCGUCCUCUGAUCUUGCACUCUCGCCUGUGCGACGGAAUUUCACCACCCUAGAGACAGAGCAAAUCUGGUCAAGAUGGGUGGAACUUCCCCUCCAUGGCCUUGCCGCACAUCUCUAGCACCUAAGACAGAUAUAAAGUCAUGAAGAACUGGGGAGUUCUAGGUGGAAUUGCCGCUGCUCUUGCAGCAGGAAUAUAUGUUAUUUGGGGUCCCAUUACAGAAAGAAAGAAGCGUAGAAAAGGGCUUGUGCCUGGCCUCGUCAAUUUAGGAAACACCUGCUUCAUGAACUCCCUGCUUCAAGGCUUGUCUGCCUGCCCUGCUUUCAUCAAGUGGCUGGAAGAUUUUACCACCCAGUACACCAAGGAUCAGAAGGAGCCCCCUCCUCAGCAGUAUUUGUCCUUGACACUGCUGCACCUCCUGAAAGCUUUGUCCUGUCAAGAAGUUACUGAUGAUGAGGUCUUGGAUGCAAGCUGCUUGCUGGACGUCUUACGAAUGUACAGGUGGCAGAUCUCUUCGUUUGAAGAACAGGACGCUCACGAAUUAUUCCAUGUCAUUACCUCGUCACUGGAAGAUGAGCGAGACCGCCAGCCACGGGUCACACAUUUGUUUGAUGUGCAUUCCCUGGAGCAGCAGUCAGAAAUAACUCCCAAACAAAUAACCUGCCGCACAAGAGGUAGGUCACCUCACCCCACGUCCAACCACUGGAAGUCUCAACACCCUUUUCAUGGAAGACUCACUAGUAACAUGGUCUGCAAACACUGUGAACACCAGAGUCCUGUUCGAUUUGAUACUUUUGAUAGCCUUUCACUAAGUAUUCCAGCUGCCACAUGGGGUCACCCACUGACCCUGGACCACUGCCUUCACCACUUCAUCUCAUCAGAAUCAGUGCGGGAUGUCGUAUGUGACAACUGUACAAAGAUUGAAGCAAAGGGAACCUUGAGCGGGGAGAAGGUGGAACACCAGAGGACCACUUUUGUUAAACAGUUAAAACUAGGGAAGCUCCCUCAGUGUCUCUGCAUCCACCUGCAGCGGCUGAGCUGGUCCAGCCACGGCACGCCCCUGAAACGGCACGAGCACGUGCAGUUCAAUGAAUUCCUGAUGAUGGACAUCUACAAGUACCACCUCCUAGGACACAAACCCAGUCAGCACAACCCUAAACUGCACGAGAACCCAGGGCCCGCGUUGGAACUGCAGGAUGGGCCAGCAGCCCCCAAACCAGUUCUGAAUCAGCCAGGGGCCCCCAAAACACAAAUUUUUAUGAAUGGCGCCUGCUCCCCGUCAUUACUGCCAUCCCUGCCAGCUCCAGUGCCGUUCCCACUCCCAGUCGUUCCUGACUACAGCUCAUCCACAUACCUCUUCCGGCUGAUGGCAGUUGUCGUCCACCACGGAGACAUGCACUCUGGACACUUUGUCACUUACCGACGGUCCCCGCCUUCAGCCAAGAACCCCCUCUCAGCCAGCAACCAGUGGCUGUGGGUCUCCGAUGACGCCGUCCGCAAGGCCAGCCUGCAGGAGGUCCUGUCCUCCAGCGCGUACCUGCUGUUCUACGAGCGCGUCCUCCCCAGGGUGCAGCGCCAGAGUCAGGAGUACAAGUCUGAAGAAUGACUGUGCCUCAGCCCCGAAGCUAGAGCUGACGGCACUGUCACAACUGCCCAGGACAAAAGCAGAACUGUGCUGUGUGCUCGCAGGCAGCCCCAGUAGAGCCCUUCAGCUUUCCAGUGUGUUCUAAGAGCAGGCUCCACCCGGGAGCCGGUGGCCCCAACUUGUACCAAAUCAGGCUCCCCGAACAGCUCCGCUGGCGUGCGCUGGGAGGAGCGUCGUGGUGGGAAAGCAUUCAUUAUGUCUAGAGCGUUUUUUUAUUCAUCUGAUGCAGGUAAUUACAAGAAAGCAGAUUCCGGAAGCCACCUUUUCCACAUUGUGAUAUGUCAGGUGUUCUCAGAGGGGAGUUACCUUUGUCUAAUUCUCUGAUGUCUCAGCAUAGAUCUUUUAUUUUUAAUAAGCAGGCCCAUAAAAACUGUCGAAAAGAAUUAGUGAAACUAUUAAAGGCAACAAUUUAGAAGGAAAAAGUGCCUUUCAUUUUUGAUUGCUUUGGUAGCACAUGCACUCUGAAAUGGUCCUUCCAAGUUACUCAAAGGGUAGCAAAGGGACAGUUAAAAGAUGCCUAAAGAACACCUCUUUUCCCUUUUUUGUAUGCCUUUUCUAAUCUUUGGAUUCUUAAUAUGUCAUAAAGGCUCAUCUGCCAAAUCUUUCCCCUGGGGGAAUUCUUUCACUACUUUUUGUCAGUUGUAAGUAAAUGCUUACUUGUUGCUAUUAUCUUUUGUAUACUGGGCUAAAAGAUGUAAUGAUAGAAUAUUAUAAAACUAUGUGAAUAGCCAGAAUUGAGCAGUAUCCAUGCAACACCUGAUUCCUCCGCUCUGUAGAAAACUAUUAUACAAGGAUCCACAGUGGACGGUUGUCAUCUAUUUAUCGCCUGUGCAGAGCUCUUAAACUUUAUGAGUAGGAGCUUUGGGCUCUGUAAAAAAUCCCUGCCUUGAGUUGCAAGCUGGUUUAGGAAGGAAGGGCACUGACAUCUUCUAGACCUCAGUUUCCUCAUUUGUAAAGGGAAAGGUUAGACUCGAUGACCUCCAAAAUCCAGUGCUUUCCACAGAAAGCAAGCCGCUUCUGACUUUAAAACUCAUAGCUACAGCUGACAUCUAGUACUGUCAUUGUGUUACAGGUCCAUAUUCUAAAUCUGUUCAUCAUCCCCAGUAGCCUAAUAGAGAGUAUGCUGAGCGUUUUCUUCCCUCGUGGAUGUAACCCAGGGCCCAAGGAAUUCUGAUGACUUAGUAGUUACUUAUGUUUUAGCUAGACUUUUAAUUCUACAAAAAAAAAAAAGGAUACCAAAUUCAAA